AUGCCUCGCAAAGGCCUGAGCAGACCUCCUCCUGGUGUGUCGCAAGAUGCAAAACCAGGCAAUAAGCAGCAGCGCAAGUUGGCCCACAUCAAGCGCAAGAGAGCCAAAGACUCCACGCGGCGAGAAGAGCGAUACGCCGUCAAGAAGGAAGAAACCAAGAACCCCAAGCUCAGGGCCGAGCGGUUGAAGCGCAAUAUUCCCCUGACGCUUGAUCGCAAGCGAGUGUGGGAUGAAGCCGACAGCGACGCCGAGGAGCACGGGCUGGGACUCAGUGUCGACGUGGAGCGGAUCAAGCGCGCCAAGCAGGAAGAGGAAGAUGAGCUGAAUCGGCCAUUGGAGGAAGGAGAGGAUGACAGUGGGGAUGCGCAGUCCGACAACGAGUCGAUCGACAGCAUGAUUGCAUCCAGCGACGGCGAGGACGAGGAUGGCGAGCAGGACGAGGCCGAGCCGGCUCGCGGCCGAGGAAAAUCCAAGCUUCCCAGCGCAACCGAGCGCGCCACAAGCCCAACCCAUUCAACGCGCAGCACGAACCUGAAUCUCGCGCCAGAAGCACUCGCCGCCAAAUUCCCGACCCUCUUCUCCAACGAGGCCCCGCCAACCCCCAAGGUCUUAAUCACGACCUCCAUCAACUCCAACCUCCACCACGAAGCCGAAACCCUCACCGACCUCUUCCCCAACAGCGUCUACAUCCGACGCACAGCGCACCGCUACUCGCACAAAUUCUCCAUCAAAGAGAUCGCCAAGUUCGCCUCGAACCGGAACUUCACCACUGUGGCUGUCCUCCAAGAAGACCAGAAAAAGCCGUCGGGACUGAUUCUGGUUCACCUACCCGUCGGACCUACGUUCCACUUUACCAUCAGCAACUGGAUCGACGGCAAGCGGUUACCGGGCCACGGGAGAGCGACAGAGCAUUGGCCGGAGCUGAUCCUGAACAACUUCCGCACGCCGCUGGGUCUUCUGACGGCGCAUAUGUUCCAACGGCUCUUCCCACCACAGCCGGAGUUUCAAGGCCGACAGGUUGUCACACUGCACAACCAGCGCGACUACAUCUUCGUGCGCCGUCAUCGCUAUGUCUUCCGCGAGAAGCGCGAGACGGAGAAGGCCGUCGUGGACACUGACGGCAAGGAGAUGAAGGGCGCGGAGGGUAUCCGGACUGGUUUGCAGGAGCUCGGGCCACGGUUCACGUUGAAACUGCGCCGUGUCGAUAAGGGAAUCCAGAGGUCGAGCGGACAGGAGUGGGAGUGGGAGGGCAAGCUGGAGAAAGUGCGGACCAAGUUCCAGCUUUAG